AAAUAUCCUGUGUCAUACUUGAGUUUAUAACCCUCAAAAUUUGACAAAUGGUUAUUAUUGAAUCAAUGAUAAAGAAAAAAAUAUGUAGAGAAAAUAAUUUUCACGUAGCAAUUGUCUGCAAUGGCAUUGUUCAUUUGAAGCAUAAAUUUUAUAUUAAUUUAUUGACAAUCUGUUAGAAUGGCACGGCCAGAUACUUUGUGUAAUCAAUCACUCCUUGAAGCUGGUGAUCGGUCUCUAGAUAGAACAAUUGGAGAACCUGGAGAUGUUAAAACACAAUUUGUUACGAGAGAAGGAACUUAUAGACUUUUAACUCUAAGCGAAUACUCUAGACCUAAUAGAGUAGGAUAUCAGCCACAAGGCCAAACACCACCACAAGUGCGGGUAUCUCUUGUAACUCUUCCAGAUCAAGGAGAAAGAAUAUGUUUUAACCACGGUAGAGAAUUAUACGUUUACGUGUAUAAAGGUAUAAAGAAAGCACCAGAUUUGAGUAAACCUUUAGAAAAAAAAGUAUAUAAAGGUACAAAUCCAACCUGCCAUGAUUUUAAUACUACAUCUGCUACUAAUGAAAAUGUGAGUUUACUUAUCGGUUUUAGUACUGGACAGAUACAGUUGAUUGAUCCAAUAAAGAAAGAAUUAAGUAAAUUGUUUAAUGAAGAAAGGUUCAUUGAUAAAACAAGAGUUACCUGUUUACGUUGGGUUCCAGGAAAUAAAUCAUUAUUUUUAGCAGCCCAUGCUUCAGGACAGUUUUAUGUAUACAAUGAAGAAUUACCUUGUGGUUCAGCAGCACCCCAUUACCAACCAUUUAAAGCUGGAGAAGGUUUCUCUGUAAAUACAUGUAAAACUAAGUCAACUAGAAAUCCUCUAUUUCGGUGGUUGUUGGGUACUGGUGCUGCUAUCAAUGAAUUGGCAUUCAGUCCUAGUGGGUCUCAAUUAGCUGUAGUAUCACAAGACGGUAUGCUUAGAAUAUUUCAGUACGACAGUAUGGAAUUAUUAGGAUUUGCAAGAUCUUAUUUUGGAGGAUUACUAUGUGUAGCAUGGUCUGGUGAUGGGAAAUUGAUAGCAGUUGGUGGGGAAGACGAUUUGGUUACUGUUUAUUCAAUGGAACAAAAGAGGGUGGUGGCUAGAGCUCAAGGACAUAGGUCUUGGGUUUCUGCAGUGGCUUUUGACUGGUAUUUAGAGGUGGAAUCUUGCUACCGGUUAGGUUCAGUAGGUCAUGACACUCAGAUAUGUCUUUGGGAACUUCCAGAAGAUAAUCUAGUCCCUCCUCGACCGAGAGUAAAAAGAAGACCGGAUCCAUUACAAUUGGUUGGAACACCAGCUUGUCCAAGAUUAGAUGAGUGUCCAAAUCUUGAACCAUUAGUUUGUAAGAAAAUUGCUCACGAACGUCUAACAGCUCUUGUUUUUAGGCCAGACUCUAUUAUAACUGCGUGCCAAGAUGGAUAUGUAUAUACUUGGGCGCGUCCUACAACGUAGAGUACAACAUUGUAAAUAAUAUUCAUGUCAAAUUAACAAGGCUGCAAAUUGAAACCCAUUGUAUAUGAACAAACAUUGAAAUUUCUUUAUUGUUUGAUCUUUUUUAGUUUAUUUAGUGAAAUAUGUGAUAAAGUAUAUUUAUAUUUUAGGAAUAUCAAUUAAAUAUUUUUGUAGUUCUUACAAAAAUACAAUGAAAUGAAAAUAGAACAAAAAGAACUGAAAAUUUAUGGAAGAUUGUUUUCUUUGAGAUUAAUUCUGAACUUCAUAUUCAGAAUUUAGCCACAAUUUUUGGAAAUAAUAAUAGACUUUUUUUUUAAAUAUGUAUAAUUGUAAUGAAAAUGACUUUACUUAGAUUGUGACUAAUUAGAUUAUGUACAACUGAAAAGUCACAUUUUCAUUUAAAAAUUAUUUCGAAAAUAAAAAAAAUUGUGAUAUAAACAUUUUAUUUAUUAUUUUUUAAAAUAUUUGGACUAAAAUUGUUGGAUAUUAAUGUUUACAAAAAGCCUUCUAUUUAACUAUAAUUUUUCUAUAACAAACUUUUAUUAAAAAUCACAAUAUUUAUUUAAAUUCACUCACAAAUAAUGGUAAUAGACAAUCAAUUUUUACCGUAAAAGAUAAAAUGGAAUAUAGAUUCAAACAUGUAGAUUCUAUAUUUUGCUUUAAAAUACCCUGUAUAUAUACACUACCGGUCAAGUUUUGCUCAUCUCAAAAUCCAUUCAUUAAAUUUCAAAAAAAUACACUCUUACAAACCAAAAAUAAUAGUGUCUAUUAUUUGUUUACUUUAUACUUCAACUGCGAAUUAUUUCUUCGGUGUUUAUGAUUGUAGUUUAGUCCAGAAUUAAGUUGCUCUCGAGUGUAAGAUAACCUGACAUCUAUAAUGUCUUGAUGAGAUUUACAUCCAGUGAAGUAACCUCUAAUACCUCAUACUAGGUCUAUUGGCCAAUUUUUUCAGUCUUUUUGCGUUUCUGGGUCUUAACAAUUCCUCUAGUAGUUGAUUUGGGUGGGUUUCUAUUAUUUUGUAUUGUUUAAUGAUCCUUUCUUGGAGUUUUAGAUAAUCUAAUAUCUAUAAUGUCUUGAUGAGGUUUACAUCCAGUGAUGUAACCUCUAAUACCUCAUACUACAUAUUUUGACGGGAGGAUACUUAACUGAAAACUAGGGUGCUUUUCCAUUAUUAAAUCAGCUUUUCACCAGAAUUUGCGAAAAAAAUGUUUUUGUAAAAGAUAAAAAUAAAAAAACAAAAACUUGGUUAUUUCAAUAUAUAGAUCUUUUUAUUAUCUACAACUUUGCUAUUUGACUUUUUUCCAUAAGAUUUCUAGUUUCACCAGAAAUCGAGAUAGACCGUUGUUUAUCCUUCAAACUCACCCCCCUUAUUUUUCAUUUCUAUUAUAAUCUCCUUUUUCAAUGAGUUUUAUCCUACUGUUAUUUUUUUGUUUUAAAAAUUAUCGACCCUGGUGUAUUUGUUUAAUCAUGAACACAUUUUGCAAAACCAUUUCCGAUCAUAUAUUUUUAAAAACAGCACUUACCAUAUCUUCUGUAUGGUUAGUCUUAGACAUUGACAGUAUUUUUGCCGAAUAAUUAGCUCAUUACUGAUACAAAUCUUCUAUUUACGAGUAAUAAAAGUUCAGUAAGACCCUAUGUAAGUGUGGAACAUUCCUAUUAUAGUUCAUACGAGGGCUGUUCAAAAACUAACAUUGGUUAGCGUUGCCAUCUUGACGUUAGAAUUUGAAACUAGACUUUCUAAUUGAUGUUUUCACACCCUCAUAGGUGACAAAUCGAAAAGAUUGUAACAAAAUUACGAUACAACUCUAAAUUAGAAUGGCGAUUAUGUCUUAACUUUUUGCAGAGCCCUCGUGACUAUUUUAUUUGUCACACAGUAAGUUGAUUUGACAUGAAGAUAGGAUAUAUUUUUCUAAUCUAUCGAAAUUUUGUAUAUUUUUUUGUAUAAAUGUUGCAUUUUGUAAGUUUUAAAUUAUUUCUAAUGUAAUUAAAUUAUGUAUAAAUUUUUUAAUUAUACAAUACAAUAAUCAA